AAAUCUGGAGGCCACAAGAACUUGUGGCUGAGAAUCAUACCCACGUUCUGACGUGGCACCCACCUUUAGUUUAAACGGAUUAAAAUCGUAGACGACGUUUUACUACGCCCAAUGCCAACCGAGACACCACCACUCAAGACACCCCAGAAAACCUCUCAACAAAAAUACUCGCGCGUUUUUUCAACACUGUUUGGCUGCCGAGAAAAUGCUGGAAACUAAGGACCCUGCGAUAAAGCUCUUCGGGAAGAAGAUUCCCCUGCCCGCGGACAUCGAGGACCUGGGCUUCACUCAGCCUGAAGAGAAAGAAGUAGAUGUAGAAUCAGAAGAAGAGGACGAAGAAGAUGAAGAAGAAGAAGAGGCAGAGACAGAGCAGGAUCCACCAUCAAGAAAAUCCCCUGAGAGCAUGGAUCAAGAUGAUGGCCCUCCAAACAGUGAAGACCCAACAAACAUGGGCAUAUUAUCAGAUUCGAAUGUGAACCCAAUGCCACCCUCUAUGGAUGAAGAAAGUCCAAAAUCAAACACUGCCAAGACUGAGAAUACUGAAGCAACCAACUCGCAAGAGAAAACCCUGAAGAAGCCUGACAAGAUACUUCCAUGCCCCCGCUGCAAUAGCAUGGACACUAAAUUUUGUUACUACAACAAUUACAACGUCAACCAACCACGGCAUUUCUGCAAAGCCUGUCAAAGAUACUGGACUGCAGGCGGUACCAUGAGGAAUGUGCCUGUGGGCGCAGGACGUCGCAAAAACAAGAACUCUGCCUCACAUUAUCGCCACAUCACCAUUUCUGAGGCUCUACAAGCAGCUCAAAUUGAUGCUCCAAAUGGAGCUCACCAUCCUGCAUUGAAAAGCAGUGGCAGAGUCCUCAGCUUCGGAGUGGAUGCCCCCAUUUGUGAUUCCAUGGCUUCUGUUUUAAAUCUUGCAGAUAAAAAGAUUUUGAAUGGUACUCAAAAUGGCUUUCAUAAAAGCGAAGAACGGGUUAUUCCAACUCCUUGCAAAGGUAGAGAAAAUGGUGAUGAUAGCUCAAGGGCAUCUUCUGCAACAGUUUCAAAACCACAGUUGCAGAAUGUCAAUGGCUUCUCUUCACAAAUUCCUUGUCUUCCGGGUGUUCCUUGGCCUUAUCCAUGGAAUUCAGCAGUUCCCCCACCGGCCUUUUGCCCUCCAGGUUUUCCUUUGUCAUUUUGUCCUGCACCUUAUUGGAACUGUGGUGUCCCUGGCACUUGGAACGUUCCUUGGUUUGGUCCACAACCUGCUUCUCCAAACCAAAAGUCCCCUAGCUCUGGUUCAAAUUCUCCAACGUUGGGGAAACAUUCAAGGGAUGGGGACAUUCUAAAACCAGAGAGUUUGGAGAAAGAAGAGCCAUCAAAACAGAAAAGUGGUCGUGUUUUGGUUCCAAAAACAUUAAGAAUUGAUGAUCCAAGUGAAGCUGCAAAGAGUUCAAUAUGGGCAACACUUGGGAUCAAGAAUGAUUCCAUCAGCGGGGGAGGGCUGUUUAAGGCCUUCCAAUCAAAAAGUGAUCAAAAGAAAAAUGUCUCUGAAACCUCUCCGGCCUUACGAGCAAACCCAGCAGCCUUGUCUAGAUCCCUCAAUUUUCAAGAGAGCUCAUGAAUUAGUUGGCCAUGAUGGACGAUUUUUUUAUAAAAGCUGGAAGAGUUAGGUUGAGUUCAACCCAUCUUGUAUGAGUUUUGACAGCUAACCCCAUCCAGCUAGGCCAUUUUGGUUGAGCUGGUCGAAACCAGGAGGUAGAAAUGGAGGGGCACUCUUUACUCCCUAGGUUCCUCGGUGUGGUAGGGGAACUAAUGUAGGAUAAAGCUCUAGUGGCAAAUAUUGUUGCCUUUUUGUAACACUAAGCACAAAUGUACUUAGUUUCCUAUGUUUAUGUUCUUGUACAUAUCUUUAUAUUUGUGAAAUACUAUGAUAGAAUUGGAGAAAAGAUCUUUUCCUUC